UCGGUUUCAAUUUUCUUUAUACUCACAAAACCCUAAACUCUUCUUGGUCUGUCUCGCCGACUUCUCUACUCCUCUCCAGAAAUCGAGUUUCAAGGUCACCGGUGAAAUUGUUGUAAUCCCGGCGGUUGCUUCUUCUACUUUCAUCUUUAUCCUCGAAGUCAUCUAAUUUCUAGGGUUCCCCUGUAUUCAAAGUUAAGAGCCAUCAAACAUGUCGUCGCUGCGUAAUUGUGUUCCACGGCCUGCUCAUAAGGAGCGAUCUCAGCCGCAAGCGAGGAAGAAGUUUGGUCUCCUCGAGAAGCAUAAGGAUUAUGUUAUCCGAGCUAAAGCUUAUCACAAAAAGCAGGAUACUUUAAAGAUACUUAGGCAGAAGGCCGCAUUCAAGAAUCCAGAUGAAUUCAACUUUAAGAUGAUCAAUAGUAAAACAGACCGUGGAAAUCAUAGACCAAAGGAUGAGGUAAAUAAAUACUCUGCGGAAGAGCUCAUGAUAAUGAAGACCCAAGAUAUAGGCUAUGUGUUCCAAAAAUUGCAGAGUGAGAAAAACAAAAUUGACAAGCUUACUUCAUCACUGCAAUGUACUGAGGGUCAGUCAAGCCGUAGACAUGUUUACUAUGCAGAAGACAGAGAGGAGGCUAGAGAACUGGAGUCAGAAUGUAGAAGCAGAAGUGAUAUCUAUGCCAGAGGGACCCCGAAAGAUAUACAAAAGAAAAUGGAUAGGUCCUAUAGAGACCUUGAGGCACGGAAGAGCAGGGCUAAUAAUUUGGAGAAGUUAUACGCAGAUAUGUCAAUGCAGAAGGAAUUACAGAAAAAGGGUCGCAAACGUAAGCUGCGUGAAGACGAGAUACUCAAUCCAAAUGGUAAACCGGUAUACAAAUGGCGGGCAGAUAGAAAGCGCUGAAGAAAAAGCUUUCAUGGUUGUGUAGCUUCACAUCAAUUUUCUGAUCUCUACUAAAGUUUAUAUAGCAGAGUUUAAAUUAUACCUUUUUGAUCUCCAGAACCUGCAAGCUUUCAUGGUUGUUUACUUUAAACCUUUUUGUUGCAUAUCUGGAAAAGUGUUGCUAAUGGGAUUGACGAAAUUGAAACACAUGGAGCCAAAAUAGUUAUGAUAUCGAAGAUUUGAAGACUUUGAAUG